GUUUUUUGCGCAAAAAGUUUCACGGACUAUAGUUUAGUUGACAAUAUUUAGAGUCUUUCGCGACAUUAAAAUUAUUUAUUUAUAUUCAUAACGGAGGAGGGUGUUACGACAUGCGUAUUUUACGUUGUUUUAAUUAUUUUUCUAAUAUCAUUGAAAAAGAUUUAAUGAUAUUAAUUAUUUUUCCUAAAUAAUAUCGACUAAGAAAUUUAAGAUUUUAGCAAGCAGCGUAAUUUUAAACAUAUAUUAAUCAUAACAAAGGAGGGUGUUACGACAUUCAUAAUCUUUUUUUUUCACGAGAUGGGAUAAGAAAAUGUUUGUUUGUUGAUAUUUUUAUUAUUUUUUUUUAUCGUGAAAGUUAGGGUCGGGCGGGCCCGUACAACAACUAAGUAAGUCUAAACAAGAAAAAAGCUUACGACAACGAAAAUAUUUUUGAUUUAAGAAAAAACAAAAAACAAUUAUUCAUAUUUACUUGCGCUAUUCUGUCAUGACAUUAAUUACGUGAUUUUAUAAUGUUUAAAGAUGUAUCGUGACGGUCACGAUAUGGAUCGCAUCGUGAAAGCGACCCCACGAUGGAUCACAACCUUCACGAUGCUAAAAAAUUUUACUAUUAUUAUUAUUAUUCCGAAUGUUUAUACAGGAUAUAGCCACUUCAGUGUUUGAAACACUGUUAUCAAUGUGGGUCCUGUGUUUAGAAUGUAUACAUUAAGUAUACACCGGCAUUACCUACCCAAUUUCCCUCACAUGGCAUGGGUUGACCUGUAGCUGUAGUAAAGACACUUGCUAAACAUGCCCGCGCUGUGGACCGAACCACGGACCUUGUGAUUACGAAGCGAACUCCAUAACCACAAGGCCACGCGCGACAGCAUCGUGAAUCGUGCGCGACGCACAUGAUACGCGAUCCACGAUGUUAGGUGUCCUGAUUCCAGUUCUGUACCCUUUAAAUAUCAGUCUUUUUCAGGAGAGCCGUGUGAUUAAUCGCAUGCCUGAAAAAUAGAGUUUCCAAAAUCAACCUAUAAAAUCCAUUUUGUAGCGUGCCAUGACAGUCCUCGAAAUAAUUUUUGGAGACUCAUCAAACAAAAUUUCCGCCACAUUUCGUAGGACAAAACGUCUGGUAGAUUUUCUGUCUUGGUUCGAAAACUUUUAGUCUUAGAAUUAUUGAAUAGUCCUGAUCCUUUUAAUCCACGAGCAAGCCUAUUCAUAGCCAACCCGACUAUCGUAGACAUAAAUCUCUUUGCCUUGCCCAUUCGUUGUUGGUAACCAGGUCUUACACAAGAAAUCCAGCCAUGCGGCUCUUAACUAAUGCGGAGGUGAACGCCGACGGAGCUGCAAAACUGCACUUACAGGCGGAACAGACAUUUUAUCAUGGAUUUAAUUGUAGAUACUUUCUUCAUUUUACAAAACAAUUGGAAACUAUAGCAGGUCCGAAUUUAAUGGAUUUUCUUUAUGCCGCAAGUGUUAUUGAAACAAUUUUAAAAACAAUUUUCUGUGUAAAUUUUGUUAAAAUGUAGCUGAACUUUUCGAAGGAAUUUUGAAGUUUUAUUAAAGCCACGUUGAUAAAGAUUUUUUGUAAUUUGAAAACGAAGCAUGUUUUUGCCUGUUUGCUAGUGAUAUCCUGAAAAAUAAACAAUAAGUUUAGAAAAGUGACCCUAUAGUCAUGCAUACUAUUUCGGAAAUGUAGAAAACGAAGUUAAGAUUGAAAGAGUCGCUAUACGUAGACGCUCGAUCAUCGUGUUUGGGGUUCACAAUUGAAAACAUCCUCCACUUUUCUACCGCAAAAUGAAUGCGCAACAAAGAUUAGCCUUGGCUGUUGCAAAAUAAAACCGCGCAGGCAAUUGCCGAUUGCCGACGCUAAUUUCGAGGGCUGCAAAGUUAUGUGAUGGAAGCUUGUAGAAUAUGCCAUGUGUAUUUAUGCCAUUAUUUUCAGCAUAAAUUUAACAAUUAUCUCAAAUUUCACAGAUAUAGGUAUACUUCUUAACCCCCUAAGCGUUACCUUUUAUAAAAAUCCAUACUUUUUUUCCGGCGUAUUUGGCGAAAAAGCACAUUUAUAACAAUGGCGACUUAACAACUUAAAAACUUAACAAAUAGUGAUAAUAUCAUAAUAAAUAUACUAUUGCAAGGUGUCAUGAAGAUACCUUAAUCAAUUUUACACAUUUUAAAUACAAAAUGGUAGCCCAGUAAUUAAAAGUUAUCCUCCGAAACCACAUUUUUUAGUUUUUCAGCUAAAUUUCAGAGAAUUCUUUGCAAUUUCUGACAUAUUAUGUCAAAAUUUACAUAAAAAUUUAGGAAGAGAGUAUCAGCAAUUGUAAAAAAAGUAAUAUGAUGUUAAUUAUUGCUUUUAACCAUGAUAUAACCUUUAUUACAACCUUUAUUAUACAAUUGUACGUAUUUACCGUAUCAUAUCAUUGUGCGUAAACAUAAAAUAAUGUCUCAAAUAAAAUAAACACAGUGUCAGUGCUAUAAAAGUCAGUAUUUUUUCAAUUGACAAUAUCUUUUAAAACAGAGACCAACGUUUCGUACACACUAUACAUCUCCGGGUGGCAUUUGCCUUUUUCUCUGUAGCGGGGACAUAUGGCUAGAAAUGCAUUUCAACUAAUCAAAAUGGGUUGUCAGAUAAACUUGGUCUGCCACCACGGGGAUAAACACUUCAGUGUCACAUCAAUUUUUUUUAUCAUUUGGCUUAUUAGCGUGGAGCGAAAUGUAUAUGGUUAAAGAUUACCGCCAAGUUUAUUAUGCAAGAUGUGACUUUUGAAGGUAUAUGUGUUUAGCGGAUGUAACCACAUCUUCUUUUAGACCAUUUCUUCAAUCUUUUUCUCUCUACUAGAUAGGAGCUCAUCAUUUGAUCUGAUUGAUUGACUCCGCCCAUUGCAUUGUUGUAGCAGUCGAUGACAAGCUACCUUAUCUUUACCUCGUCGUAUGACAAUAACUUCAUCAUCAGGCAUACACAAAGUAAGCAUUCUGACUUCUUGUUUAUCUUUCUACUGAAGACACACCAUACCAUACCAUAAGUAGGUAAAUAUGAAACACUCCUUUCUCCUGCUUUGAGUUUUGUAUUCAUUUUAUGCUUUGGUAAACCUUGUCUAAUUUUUUGUACGGUGCCAAUUACAUCAGUUUCCCACUUCCGAAGGGUAUCUAAAAGCUUCAACGAAGAGUACUAAUUAUCUACAUACACACAUCUCCCCUCAUCUAGAACAUCUUGUUAGAGUGAUUACAAUAUCUGUUGCUUAGUAACUAAAAUGAUUAUUUUCAAGCCAGGUGUCCUCUCUGGUAUAAAGAAUUGAGUUCCAAACAUAACCGGAACAGGCUUCUGUCAGCACAAAACUUUUGAUUCCAAACCUUGCUCACCUUGUUCUUAUGAAUUGUUUCCAACUCAACCUGCCCUUCCAAAGAAGCAAAGCCUGUUCAAGUGUUAGAAGAGCUUGCCAUCUGUUGACAAAAUAUAUAUGAAUAGACUGAAUUUUCGCAGACCAAUUAUAUUUCUCACCAAGCAUUUUUCGAUGUCUGCAAAAUGUAUAUACUUUUCAAUCAGGACUAACUUGUUUUGAGGUAAAAUUCUCUUUAAACCAGGAGUCUCAAAUAUUUUACCUCUUGAAUAGUAUGAGUACUAAGUUGGCUUGUGGAUGAUGCUACGAUAUAUGAUCGACACAAUAUAAAGUCAAUUUUUUUGAAAACUUCCAAUGUAAAGUCUUCACACUUGAAAUUGAGUGGCAUGUCUUUAUUUCCAUUUGUUUACAUUUUUUUUAUAUAUAUAUAUAUAUACUGUCAUAUAGUUUGGCUGCACCUUUGUAUAUUUUUUUUUACUGUGUCUCUAGUACAUUAAAUUUUUUUAGCGAUAUACAAAAAAAUAUAAAAUGGAAGUGAAUAAUCUUAUAUCUUCAACAAUAGUUAGCUCUGUUUUAAAUCGUGAUGUUAAGCAAUUUGGAAAGAAGUUUUUGUUUGAUAACAAUGACGACACAUGUUGGAAUUCCGAUCAGGGAGAAUACCAACAUGUAACUGUUCAGUUUGAAAAGCCUGUUUGUGUGACUGAUAUACACGUCCAAUUUCAAGGUGGUUUUUCAUGCAAGCAGUUUGAUGUAAAACUUUUUCGAGAUGGUAACGAGGAAACCUUAUGUUCGUGUUACCCAGAAGAUGUCAACGUUAUGCAGCAAUUUAAAUUAGAAAGUGUAGAUGAAAGUAGUAAAAUAAAGCUCUUGUUUACCAAACAUACAGAUUUUUUUGGUCGGAUUAUUAUUUAUAAUUUAAAAUUUUAUGGAAAAGUUACGUAAUAUUUCGUAUAAAAUAUAGAUAAACGUUUUGUAUUAUGUAGAAAUGUUAUGGUUAUUUUUCUGAAUAGUAUUUUACUAGA